CGCCGGGCUGGCAACGCGAGCGCAGCACUAAAAGGUUCCGCCAGGGAGCGCGAGCGGGGCGGGGCCCCUCAAAGCCGGAAGCCGGGUCUUCGCCGCAGUCGACAGGAUCGCCUGACGCGGGCACAGCGUCCUCCAAGAGGCCACCUUGCUGAGAGGCAGACUUCCCAUCCACAAAAUGGGAUAUUGAUUCCUAAUAAACACCUUGCACCUAAACUCUGUCUUCAUGUCUGCCUGCAUAGAACCCAACCUGCAACACAAAUUCUGAUUCCUGGAGGUCAGGGUGAUCAGGGAAGCCUUCCUGGAGGCAACAGUCAAGUUGAAACUCAGAAGAUACAAGGAACAGCCAUGAGAAGAGUGAAGAGGAAGAUGUUCCAGGCAGAGGGAACAGCGUGUGCAAAAUCCCUGAGACAUUGGCGGUGUUUCUUGUGUUUUGCUGUUCUGAAUAAAGCUGCUAUGAUCAUCUACAUACACAACUUCUUGUGGACAUGUUUUUAUUUUUCUUGGGUAAAUACCUGGUCAUCAGUCCUAGGGUCCUUCAGAGGAUCAACAGUGUCAUCAAAGUGUCGAGCUUUUACUGUCCUUCGUUUUACCCCUCAGAGUGUGGUCCACCUUCCAUCUGCAGGGUUCUCUGCAAGCCCUUUUACGUCCACUUAUUUGACCCUCACAAUGGCACUUUGUGGGUGCAGAGCUGCAAAGAUGACUACCUCAUUUUAUGGAGGAGGAAACUCAGGCCCAGAGAGGAAGAGGAGGAGUCACCUACACAAGGUCACAUGGCUACUAAGUGCCCAGUGGGCAUUUAAACUCAGCUCCAUUUCCCUACAGCUGCCUUUUUCUGGGCAGGGCCAAGGUUGCUCCAGUGCUUGGGAGGGGAGAGCAGGUCUCCUCGUGGUAGACUCCUCUCUGCAGUGUCCCCCUGGCAAGAGCACCAUUAAAGAUAAUGGGGGGUCUGUGCCCAGAUGUGGCCCCAGGACCAUCCCAUUGUACAUCAGCCUGCCACAGGGAACGACUAUCCUGUCCCCAUUGCCAGAACCCUGCUUAGUCCUUUUGGAAGCAAGAAGCCCUCCUCCCCCUCUCAGAGAAAUGGCAGUUUUCGGAGUCCAGGAGAGAAGGUAGUGGAGUCCCAUGGGGUCAGCAGAGGUGCUGAUGCGAUUGGUCACUCACCAGACAGCAUCAACUAACCCCACCCCCUGGGAGGAAUGGGGUAGCUCCAGGCUCCUUGGUCUCUUAGAAGUGGCUCGGCACCAGCAGGGUCUGUGAAGUGGAGACAAAAGACUGGCCCUUUCCCCAGAAUCUAAACCCUGAAAGCCCUUCUGAAACUGCCAUGCAAAUGGGGCGUCAUCACCCACAGACCUCACAAGCAACAGUGUGGAUUCACUCAUUUAUCUACUCAUUCAUUCAUUCUGAUUUUUUUUAGCACCUUACCUCAAGGAGGCUGUUAAUAUUAAUCUAGUUCACUGUAUCAAUCUUUUCUUGUAUAAUAGUGCUUUUCUUUUAUGAUAGUGCUCGCUUCUCAGAGCUGGGGAGACAAUGAUGGACUAGGUUGCCUCACUAAGCCAAUGGUGGAGUGAAAGAGACCUUAAAGGAUUAAUCCCAUCAAUAUGCAAUUUGAGUGUGAUAACACUCAUAGGAAGAGUGUCGAGAUGGACAAAGCCAGAUGACUGAUUUAUUUGGGAGGUGUGGGAGGUUGGCUCACCAUAGGCUCCUGGCACUCUUUGUUUGGGAUCCCCACCUUGUAUCAAAUAUUUUUAAAUGUACCACAUUAAAUAUAUUUUUAGCUGUAAA